UGGUGACGAGGCCCGAAAGCGGCGCGCGCGCGCUUCCCCGCGGCGCUGCGGAGAAGCCGAAGGGCUCGGACGGACGGACGUUGCCUCGGCUCGAGCCAGCGGGCUUUUUCUUCUCCCGCGAGCACCGCGGCGUCUCCCCGAGCGGAGGAUGGGCGAGAAGCUGGCCCCCCCGGGAGAGCUGUUCCUGCGCAAGGGCCGCGAGUCGGUGGUCUCGCUGGAGAUGGACCGGCUGGCCCCGGGCGAGGAGUCCACGGACAGCGAAGGCGAGCAGGAGGGCGGCUCCCACCGGCUCAUCCGCAAAGUCUCCACCUCGGGCCAGAUGAGGGCCAAGAAGAGCGUGAGGGAGGGGCUCCUGCUGAAGCAGACGAGCUCUUUCCAGCGGUGGAAGAGAAGAUUCUUCAAGCUACGUGGCCGGACUCUCUACUAUGCCAAAGAUGCCAAGUCCCUGAUCUUUGACGAAGUGGACCUGUCUGAUGCCAGCGUGGCAGAAACCAGCACCAAGAACAUAAACAACAGCUUUACGGUGAUCACCCCGUUCCGAAAACUCAUCCUUUGCGCCGAGAACCGGAAGGAGAUGGAGGACUGGAUCGGGGCUCUGAAGUCUGUCCAGAAAUGGGAAAUCAAUGAGGCCUCCCAGUUCAACAUGGAGCACUUUUCCGGCAUGCAUAACUGGUACGCCUGCUCCCAUGCCCGACCCACCUUCUGCAACGUCUGCCGAGAGGCCCUGUCCGGCGUCACAUCCCACGGCCUCUCCUGUGAAGUGUGUAAGUUCAAAGCCCACAAACGCUGUGCCGUGAGAGCUGCCAACAGCUGCAAGUGGACCACGCUGGCCUCCAUUGGCAACGACAUCAUUGAGGACGAAGACGGGGUGGCCAUGCCCCACCAGUGGCUGGAGGGGAACCUUCCGGUAGGUGCCCGCUGUGCUGUGUGUGACAAGACAUCCGGCAGCGUCCGGAGGCUGCAGGACUGGCGCUGCCUCUGGUGCAAGACUGUUGUUCACAGCACUUGCCGGGAACAGCUGGGCAAGAAGUGUCCUCUGGGCCAGUACAAGGUCUCCAUCAUCCCUCCCACCGCCCUCAACAGUAUUGACUCCGACGGAUUCUGGAAGGCCACCUGCCCCUCCAGCUGCUCCAGCCCUCUCCUGGCUUUCGUCAACUCCAAGAGCGGGGAUAACCAAGGGGUGAAAUUUCUGCGCAAGUUCAAGCAGUUCCUCAAUCCAGCCCAAGUCUUUGAUCUCAUGAACGGUGGGCCACACCUCGGGCUGCGGCUCUUUCAAAAGUUCUCCACCUUUCGGAUCUUGGUGUGUGGAGGAGACGGGAGUGUUGGCUGGGUCCUGUCGGAAAUUGACUCGCUGGGACUGCACAAACAGGCUCAGAUCUCUCACUAUGCUGACUCGGUGGCCCUCCACCUGGCGAAGAUCCUAGAGUCCGACAAACACUCGGUGGUGAUCUCCUCGGCCAAAUUCCUCUGCGGGACAGUGAAUGACUUUGUAGCUGAUGUGGGGAAAGCUUACGGACGGGCAGCUGACAACAAGCAGGAAGCAGCCAUCAUGGCUGGCAAGUGUGCCACACUGAGCGAGAAACUGGACUCGCUGGUCCGCGAGCUGAAUGAGGAGUCCCAGGCCACCGUGGUGCCGGAAGGCCAUGCUGCGGCCCCUGAGGUCAAGGAGCAGAGCGCCGUCCAGCCCAGCCUUCGGCCUCCUCGCAUCUUCAAGUCCAAGGAGCAGCUCAUGCUUAGAGCCAACAGCCUCAAGAAGGCGCUGCGCCAGAUCAUCGACCAGGCGGAGAAGGCGGUGGAUGAGCAGAACAAGCAGACCCAGACCUACCGGAGUCUCUCAGUGGCCAGCAAGAAGGACAGUGGCGAGGAGAUCAACAAGGAGAUAGAGGCACCGAAGUCCCGCCGUGAUACGGUCACUUCCACCACUUCCUCCCUCUUCCUGGAUCAGCCGGAGCACUUCACGCCGACCCCUUUCUCCGAGGACCCCGAUGCUGUGCAAUUCUCUGAAAGGUGCGUCAUGAAUAACUACUUUGGCAUCGGCUUGGACGCGAAGAUCUCCCUGGAAUUCAACAACAAGAGGGACGAGCACCCAAAGAAAUGCAGCAGCCGCACCAAAAACAUGAUGUGGUACGGGGUCCUGGGAACGAAGGAGCUGCUGCAGAGGACCUACAAGAACCUGGAGCAGCGGGUCCAACUUGAGUGCGACGGGGUUCCCAUCUCCUUGCCCAGCCUGCAGGGCAUUGCCGUGCUUAACAUUCCCAGCUACGCAGGCGGUAUCAACUUCUGGGGUGGCACCAAGGAAGACAGUAAUUUCGGAGCUCCCUCCUUCGAUGACAAGAAGCUGGAGGUGGUGGCUGUUUUCGGGAGCAUCCAGAUGGCGGUCUCUCGGGUCAUCAACCUGCAGCACCACCGCAUCGCCCAGUGCCGGAUGGUGAAGAUCACGAUUCGGGGAGACGAGGGGGUCCCGGUGCAGGUGGACGGAGAGGCCUGGAUACAGCCCCCGGGCGUGAUCCAGAUCCUGCACAAGAACCGGGCUCAGAUGCUGACCAGGGACAGGGCCUUCGAGAGCACCCUCAAAUCAUGGGAAGACAAGCAAAAGGGGGAGGCCUACCGAGCCCCAUCCCGGCUGCGGCUCAGCUCCCAGCAGUCCAUGGAGUACCUGAUGGAGGAGGAGGCAACUCAGAUGCAGCAGCUGGUCCGAGCCACUGAAACCCUCAUUAGCAGAAUACGAGAGGCCGCCAAGUCCCGUAAAGGCAUGGAGCAGGAGUUGGCACACGCCGUGAACAGCAGCUCCUUGGCCCUGAGCGAGGUCCUGGCCUGCAAGAGCACCAGUGGGGCUCCGGAGGGGGAGUUGCAGCUGAUCAGCCGGAGCACGGCUGUGGAGGUGUCUGUUAGCGUGAAGGCCUUGUGCACCGAAACCCAGGCUUUCCUGGACGGAAAGCAGCAGCUGGAUUCUCCCCAGCAAGAGGACGCCCUCCACCAGGCCCUGGACACCGUCGGCCAGGAGUUGCAGAGGUUCUCCGAUGUCCACUGGAUGACCCCCAUCAUGAGCUCAGUUGAGGAGGUGAUGGGCCAGGAGGCUCCUGGGAGCAGCAACAAGGGCAGCCUGAAGCUACGGAUUAAUCUCGCAAAGCCCAAGAAGGAGAAGCUCCAAAAGCAGAGAUCAGGCGGGGUCACCCCAGUGGACAGUUGGGGCCCGGAGGAGGUGGCCGCCUGGCUCGAGGCGCUGGAUUUAGGGGAAUACAAAGAGCUUUUUAUGCGCCACGACAUCCAGGGCUCUGAGCUGAUGCUGUUGGAGAGGAGAGACCUGAAGGAACUUGGGAUAUCAAAAGUGGGACACGUGAAGAGGAUCCUCCAGGGAAUUAAGGAGCCUGCUGGGCAGCAGUAGGGGGAAGCGUCUCUGAGGGAGAUGGCUUGGUGGCCGUCAUCCAUCUUCACUGUGUCCACCGGGGUUGCCGGGCCUGGCCCUGCGGCGGCUGAGGUCUUCUUGGGAGGAGCCCCCCGGAGUUUACAUUUCCACAUUUGCCAAAGAUGAUGGCUGCGCUGGCUCUUCCUGGCCUCCCCCGUCUCCCGGCCCCCUCCGUGGGGCAGCUGUCGUGGUCCUGUGCUUGAAUUAUGCUUCUUUCCAUGCAUGCCACCGUUCUCCCGGCACCAGAGUGGGGGCCUCAGCGAUUCUCCUGCAUCCCCCUCCUCACACCAGUGGAUGCACCACACUCGGUCUUGUGCCAGGGCUGGGGAGGCUGAUGGCAAUUGGCUGAGGUGCCUCUCACACCCUCCUCUUGAGGUGCCCCUUUUAGAGUUGGGCAAGGGAAGUCCUCUUGAUUGGCAAUGGUUGGCCAAGCGAUUCCGCUGUUCCAGCCGGCCCACGGGAGCAACGGUGCCCCUGAGCAAGAGUAAGGCCCUUCUGCCUUUGUUGUUGACCCCCUGCUCGGCUGGCCCUUUUCCCCCGCGCCCCUGCCACUGGCCCCUGCCCUCCUUUCUUGGGUGGCUGCAGAAGCUUUGGCAGUUCUUUUUUCUCACGGGUCCCUGGAGCUCCCUGGUGGCACCCAGGAGGCAGCUCCGCAGAGCAAGAAUUCUAGAUCCAAUUUCCUUGCGUGAUCUGGAGUCUAAACUCUCCCGAGAGUAAGGCAAAAGGUUCCUUCUCAGACCCUAACCCUAAUGUUGCUGUGGAGAAGGGAAAGCAGGGAGCCCUUGGAAGGCUGCAGUCGGUGCCACCCCUCCCUCCAACCCGCCCACCUGCCCAGCAGACUGGGCCCUGUGAGG